GAACUGCCAGUAGGUAGCGCUUCAGUAGACCGAACGUACGAGCUUCAAUGAACACACUAGCAUAGCACUUACUCAUUCCUAACAUUAAAAUGAAGUUUAAUAAUAUAAUAAUCCUGUUCUGUGCUCUUUUCAGUCAAGUACUAAGUUUAAAUAUUUUAGGAGUGUUCCCGUACCAAGGCAAGAGUCACUUCUUCGUAUUCGGACCAUAUCUGAAGGAAUUAGCUAGAAGAGGCCACAACAUAACAGUGAUAUCAUACUUUCCUUUAAAAGAACCGAUCGACAACUACCAUGAUAUAAAGUUGUCGGGAAAAGUAUUGGAAGAUGUGUUUCCUAUAUACAGGUCAUACUGGACUAUAAUAGAGACCAGUUUAUUCUUGAAGAAUUCUGGUCAGGAGAACUGUAUAACGCUGCUUGAAAAUGAAAAUGUACAGCGUCUGUGGAAGACAGAACAAAAGUUUGAUGUAAUGCUUAUGGAACUGUUCAAUAAUGACUGUGCUCUAGGUCUAGCUCACAAACUUGGUGCCCCAGUUGUUGGUCUCACGUCACACGUGUUGAUGCCGUGGCACUACGAAGACUACGGGAUACAGUACAACCCUUCGUACGUACCGGUGCUAUUCUUAGAAGGCGGAACUAAGCCAACUUUGUACCAAAGAAUUGAAAGAAGUAUUUUCCAUGUGUACUUAGUAUAUUUACAUAAAUUAACAUGUCGAAGAAACAACCAAAAAACUUUAGCACAAUAUUUUGAUGAUGUGCCGCCACUUGGUGACUUAGCAAAGAAUGUUAAAAUGUUACUAUUGUAUACAAAUUACGUGGUAUCUGGCUCUGGUCUCUACCCGCCAAACGUACGUGAAGUGGGAGGAUAUCACGUCACGAAACCUAAAGAACUGCCUCAGGACUUAAAGAAAUUCAUAGAAGAAUCUGAGCAUGGCGUAGUUUAUAUAAGCUUUGGAUCAAUGCUACGAUCUACCUCAACGCCCAAAGAUAAAUUGGACGCCAUCAUCGCCGCAGUAUCAGAAAUACCUCAGAGAAUCAUUUGGAAGUGGGAGGAAAAGACUUUACCAGGAAACCCGAAGAAUAUAUUCAUAUCGAACUGGUUACCGCAGAACGAUAUUUUAGCUCAUCCAAAAGUCCUUGCUUUCUAUUCCCAUUGUGGUAUGUUGGGUACUACAGAGGCCAUUCACUAUGGAGUUCCUAUGAUCGGUAUGCCGAUAUUUGGAGAUCAACCGGGCAAUGCUGCUGCUAUCGAAGAAAGUGGUCUUGGAGUACAAAUUCAUAUCAAAGAUUUAACUAAAGAACUCUUGCUGGAGAAGCUUAGGACUGUUUUAAAUCCUGAAUUCAGAAGAAAAGUGAAGGAACUGUCAAAAAUAUGGCAUGACCGCCCACAGUCAGCCAUGGACACUGCCAUAUACUGGACGGAAUACGCUGCACGCACUGCCAACUACACUUUCAGAUCUCCGGCCAGCUCCGUACCAUUAUACCAAUAUAGGAUCUGGGAUGUUACAGCAGUGAUCCUUGCUAUUCUAAUUAUAUUUAUAUAUUCUAUAAAGACAGUAAUCUCUUUAGUACAGAAGAGAAGAGAAGAUCGUUAUUAUGAGUUCAAGACUAAGUAAAUUUUUUUAAUAUGUGUUAUUUAUACUUCGUUUUGUUGAAUGUAUGUUUUUACACUGUGUAAAAUCGGUUAAGUUAAUUGGUAUGCAUGUAAGAAAAUACAGAUUACAAAGAAUAAAAGAGUAGCUUUUUAACAAAGGCACUAUUUUUUCAACCAUUCGUCGGCACAAUAAUUAACCUUUUAAUAAUUAUUUUUAUCUGUAUACCAAAUAACUUGACUGACUGUACAAGUGCAGUGGUAAGUGAUGUAACAGUCAUUUAUGUCAAAUGUGUGUAAAUUUAUUAAAGUUGUUAAAAUGUUGUGAAUAAAAAGUUUUGUCUAUUACCCAAAAUUCACGUUAAUGAAUGGAAUUUCUAUGGUGAAAGUCUUGCAUAUUUUUUCGUAAUUAGCUCUUAUUUACAAAAAGAACUUUUUUUAAAAGUAAUAUUGCAAUCGAACUGAAAUAACACUUGUUAAGUAAAUAUAGAUAACAGCGCCACCUAUGGUAUCAGAGUCGAACAAGUUGUACUAUAUCUUGUUCAGGAAAUAUGCGAGUUACUAAAGUAUAUGUUAGAUGGCAUUGCUGUCGCCGAUGUUUUAUAACAUCAAGUAACGAUGGAAAAUCAAAAUAUAAUCAUUAGAGAAUAAUAUUAUGCACGUUGCUAGCUAACAAUUAAAAUGAAUAACCGAACUCAA